AUAGGAAAUUUAAGUAUCUACAAUGUACAACCUGCCUCGAAUUGUCUCAAACUGGUAACACUGCUGAUAAAACUUAUCAUUAAAUUUUAAUCAAUUGUUCCGCGGAUUUCAUUCCGAUCAUUGGGUUUUGAAUUGCACUCGAAAGCUGUAUCAGGUGUAUCGUGGCAGAAGCUCCAAUUUUUCAGCAGAAAUGAACCAGCAUUAAACCAGCAUCCAUUCAAUUUCUAAUCAAGUAUCUGAAACCGGCGUUCGAUAAAAUCCAUUACAAUGAAAGUAUUCUUCAUCAUCUUAUGCGUGUUUGCUGGCUGCUGCAGUAAUGUCUACUUUUUGGAAUUAUUGGUCAAGGAAGAUCCAGGCAGUGGCAAUCUAAUUACAUUUUCCCAAUUUAUAUUCAUCGCUUUGAUCGGAUUCAUUCGCACCUCGAAAUUUGGCACAGCAGAAAGACACAUACAAAUAAAGGAUUACAUGAUAAUGACGGCUAUGUUUUUCAUUACCAAUGUCUUCAAUAACUACGCGUUUGAUUUGAAUAUUCCGAUGCCUUUGCAUAUGAUUUUUAGAGCGGGUUCAUUAAUCGCCAACAUGAUAAUGGGUAUAAUUAUCCUAAAGAAACGUUAUCGCCUAGAUAAAUACGUUUCCGUUGGAAUGAUUACGUUUGGAAUUGCUAUCUGUACCAUUAUCUCUGGACAAAAAGUUUCGAAGAGCGUUGGUCAAAGUACUGUUACUAAGGAAACGUCCGAACUGGAGGACUUCUUCUGGUGGUCAGUCGGGAUCGCCUGUCUCACUCUAGCCUUAUUCGUUUCUGCUAGAAUGGGUAUCUAUCAAGAAGUCUUGUACAAGAAACAUGGAAAGUAUCCCAACGAAGCUCUAUAUUACACGCAUUUACUACCACUUCCUGGAUUUUUGGUAUUAUCUUCGAAUUUGUGGGAGCAUCUGUCGAUAGCUGUGAAUAGUCGCCCUAUAUUCGUACCUGUGAUCAAUUUACCAGUUCCAUGCAUAAUCGCGUACUUAAUAGGCAAUGUUGUUACGCAAUUCGUUUGUAUUAGUUCAGUCUAUCAUUUAACUACCGAGUGCUCGUCAUUAACAGUAACCCUAGUGAUAACAUUAAGAAAGUUUAUCAGUCUUUUAUUUAGUAUUUUAUGGUUUAGAAAUCCGUUCACCAUUUAUCAUUGGAUAGGUACAAUAGCAGUAUUCGUGGGGACCGUUAUAUUUACCGAAUUGCCACAAAAAAUGCAAUCUUCGAUGAUCUCAAAGAAAAUCGAAAGUAAGAAGAAGAAAACGUAACAAAAUACUUGAAACGUUUUACUCUAUAGUAAAUCAAACGUACUGUUUUUCUAAAAGAAUAUUAAGUUUUUUUUCAGAAUUAUUAGUACCUCUAUUGGAUAUGAACAAAUUUUCUCGAACAUGAUUGUUGUGUAGAUUUUUCUCGUGUGUGAUUUCUUGUUGUAAAUGUGAUUAUUGUUUUACUAACACUGGAUUCUCCUCAUCUCCUUCUCCUCUAAAAUCGCUCGACUUUUGGCUCGAAUAAUAUUAAUUUAAUUGUAUAGUAUUUAAUUUCGUUAUGUAGAUAAAGAUUAACCGUACGAGUUUAUUUGAACAAAUGGAGCGUUACAUAAUUUUCUGUCAGAUACAAGCUGUCUGCGAGGUAUUAGGUUAAUGAAUUAUCGUUUGUUUUUAGCAAAUAAACGAUUACAUGUGUUACCCAUCUCUUUUGAAUUUUAAUACACCGAAAUUUUUUAUGUUUGCUUGAUUUUAAUGGUGUUUUUUUCUUAUUUAUUUAUUUGUUCUUUGGAAAAAAAAAUUGUUCAAUAAAAUUGUUAUUUUUUGA